CAUCAAUUAAGGACGUUGCGACAAAAAUUACGUUUUCUUAGCAUCAUUUUUAAAUCGUUUAUAUGCAUUCUCAUUAAUGCCACAUAAGCAGUUGGCAGUAUGCAGUAUUAUUAUUUCCAAAAUUUGGUUAUCAAACGCUUCAACCGAUGUUUCUAACCGAAGAUCACGAAGUGCUCGACCAUUCAACAAUUUCAACGAAUUACGACGAGUAUUAAUGGGAAUGGGAAGCCCAAAUCGUGCAAAAGUUGUAAAUUUAAAUGAAAGUAGAAUCAAUGGGAUACAAAAACAUCAUUCUAGACAUCCUUCUAAAACGAACAAUAAUCUAUAUAAAGGUAAAAAACAAGUAAUGGGCAAAGAUAUGACAAUUAUGAUGUAUCCACCUAACAUGCAAGGCUUCCCAGGGAUGGGUGGCUCACCAGGCAUGUCUAGCGUACACCCACAACUUCAAGAAAACUCAAAUGAAAAUAUUCCAGUAUAUGUUCCACCUUACUUAGAUGAAGAAAAUUCAGAUGAAGACGAUUCAGAUGAAGAUGAUUCAGAUGAAGAAGAUUCAUUUGAAAUAAGUCCAAUUGCUUCCUAUUAUCCAGAAGAAGAUUCCAAUGAAGACGAUUCAGAUGAAAUAAUUCCAGAAUAUAUUCCACCUUAUUUAGAUGAAGAAGGUUCAGAUGAAGAAAGUUCAUUUGAACCUUCAUAUGAUCCACAUUAUGAAGAUUCAGAUGAAGAAGUUCCAUUUGAAGUAAAUCCACUUGCUUAUUAUCCAUCAUUUUUAGAUGAAGGAGAUUCAGAUGAAGAAGAAUCAUUUGAAAGAAAUCCAUUACUUUCAGAUUAUUUAGACGAUGGUAUUUCAUUAUUAAAUUGGCCAGGGAUCAGUCAGACUAGACCCUAUCCCUUUGACCUUUGGCCUAGUCUAAAUCAUGGCAUAGGCGGCGCCUCGAGUAGUGAGGCAAAAGAACGUUGCCAGAUAAAAAUCAAUAUUAAAAAUAAUUAGAGUUCGAAGAAAGAUCAUUGAUGUAUUUGCUUUAAUAGUCAAUUUAAUUUUUUGUUUGAUUUUUCCUUCGAGUACGUACUUUCUGCUUCUGUUGAGAGACAGAAAGUCCGAAAUUUAUGCUAUGGUACCAAAGCAUAAAUGUCAGACUUUCGGCCUCCUAAAAGAAACCGCAAGCACGUACAUUUGGCCGAAAAUAAAGAAAAGUAGUAUACAUCACACGGGCAGAAAGCUUGAGAGCUCUGAUCUGCGCGCCAUCAUAUUUUUCUGCCCUUGUAGAGUAAUAUACUAUUUUACUACUUUUUAAUUAUGCAAACAAAAUUAGAAUUCUUGUUGCUGGAU